UUGACCGACGUUUGCCGGUGGUCGCUAAAGCCGGAUUUUAAGGUUAACCCGAAUUUAACCUGUCUCACUUCACCGGGGCGCUGAACCAUACAAAGUAAUAUUCGCCUCACGUUCGAUGAAACGGUGACUCUAACCGCUAAAAAUAAUUUCAUCUUCCACUCGGUUGUCCUUAAACUUUAACAUCGACCAAAUCGAUUGACGACUGAACAGAAUCCUGAUAAAAACAACGCGAAUCAGCGAUGUCUCGGCUCUUCGAAGCCGCCUGCAGAAGGGGUCUUCCCCAGCGACGUCUUCGCCGAGGUACGCUCCGUUUUUCUCUGGACGCUAAAGUGGCCGUUGGGGGAAAAAAUUUGCUCCACGGCUACCAGGAGGGACAGACGAUCCACGGCUUCCGCGUGAACCAGGUCGCCGAGGUCGAGGAGCUCGCCCUGACCGCCGUUAGACUCGAACAUCUGGCUACGUCCGCGCAGUACCUUCAUCUGCGUCGCGACGACAAGAACAACGUGUUCGCCGUCGGCUUCAGGACGACACCCACGGAUUCCACGGGACUCCCUCACAUUCUGGAACACACGACGCUCUGCGGUAGCGAGAAGUAUCCCUGUCGCGAUCCGUUCUUCAAAAUGUUGCGCAGAUCACUGGCCACGUUCAUGAACGCCAUGACGGGGCCGGACUACACGGUGUAUCCCUUCUCCACGCAGAAUCUCAAGGACUUCAGGAACCUGCAGUCCGUCUACCUGGACUCCGUGUUCAGACCGAACCUGCGACUACUCGAUUUCAGGCAGGAGGGAUGGCGUCUGGAACACGCCGACGUCAACGACAAGAGUUCGCCGGUGGUUUUCAAGGGGGUCGUUUUCAACGAGAUGAAGGGCGCGUUCAGCGAGAAUCAGAGCGUUUUCGCCGAACGUUUGUUGAACUCCAUACUGCCGAGCCACACUUACUCGGUGAUAUCGGGAGGCGAUCCCCUCGUCAUUCCGCAACUGACGCACGAGGACCUGGUCAACUUCCACGCCAAGUAUUAUCAUCCUUCGAACGCGCGGUUCUUCUCCUACGGAAAUUUCCCGCUCGACGAUCAUCUGAAGAUAGUCAACGACCAGUAUCUGGUGCACGCGGACCGCAUCGACGCCUCUUCGACGCGGGUUCCCCUGGAAAAACGCUGGACAGAGCCCAGGAAAGAGCACAUCGACUGCAGGCCGGAUCCCAUGGCGCAGAACCCCGAGAAACAGAGUUCGAUAGCGAUCGGAUUUCUGUGCUCCGACAUCACCGACGUCCAAGAGACGUUCGAAAUGCAGGUACUGUCGCAAUUGUUGUUGAAGGGACCGAAUUCCGCGUUUUACAAAUCUCUGGUCGAGCCGAACAUCGGGGCGGGAUUCAGUCCCGUUACCGGCUACGAUUCCCACUCGAGGGACACGACGUUCGUCGUCGGUUUGCAAGGAGUGGCGGAAAAGGACUUCGCCAAGGUCGAGAAUAUCGUGGGGAACACCGUUGACCGGGUGCUCAAAGACGGAUUCGACGAAAGUCACGUGGAAGCGAUUCUCCACAGUGUGGAGUUGGCCACCAAACACCAGACUUCCAAUUUCGGAUUGGGACUGAUUUUCAGCCUGACUCCGCUCUGGAAUCACGAGGGUGACGUCGUGCGCGCAAUGAAAGUCAAUCGGGCGGUUUCCUCGCUACGAGAAUCGCUGAACAACAAUCCGCGACAUCUGCUCGACCUAGUGGAGAAACAUCUGAAGAAUAACAGGCACAAACUGACCCUCACGAUGUCUCCCUCCGAGGAUUACGAGGCCAAGAAGAACGCCGCGGAACGGGCCAUCCUCGAGGAAAAAUUGAAGAGUUUGUCACCGGAGGAAUUCGACAGGAUAUUCGAGGACGGAAAGACCCUGCUCGCCGAACAGGAGAAGAAAGAAGAUCCCGGGGUCCUUCCGUCCCUCAAGAUCACCGAUCUGGAGGACGACGUUCAGCGGGUCGAUCUCACCCAUUUGGCCAUAUCCGGAGUCCCGUUGCAACUGGCCAUCCAACCGACCAACGAAGUCACCUACUUCCGCGGGAUCCUUAGCGCUCAAGGACUCAAGGACGAACUGAAGGACCUCGUACCGCUGUUCAACGCUGUGGUAGGAAAAAUGGGUACCUCGAAUCACGACUUCAGAAGCUUCGACCGACUGGUCCAGCUGAAGACCGGCGGAUUGGCGCUCUCGCAGCACCUAGCCGAGGCCAAGGAUCACCUUUUGAAGUACGAGGAGGGCGUUCUAAUUCACUCCUACUGCCUGGACAGAAAUUCCGCUGAUAUGUGGAAGCUGUGGAGCGAGUUGCUGAACAACGUCGAGCUCACGGACGCCAAGAGGUUCGAAACUCUGGUUAAGGUCACCGCGGCCAAUCUGGCGAACGGCAUCGCCGAUUCCGGUCACAUGUACGCGCUAAGCAGUUCCGCGAGUCUGGUGUCGCCGUGCGGCAAACGAAGGGAGAAACUGAACGGGCUGGAAUUCGUCGGCAAAAUGAAGAAAAUCGCUCGCUCCGAGGACCUCGCCCCUGUGCUCGAACAAAUGAGGGAAAUCGCCGCCGUCCUGUUCACAAAAAAACGACUCAGGUCCGCGCUGAACUUGACGCCCGAGAGCGCCCACCACUCGCUUCGGGAGCUCGAAGGAUUCUUCGGCGGGCUGAAGGGCGAGCCGGAGGAGCAACGGUCCAGAUUCGCCGAUCGCGGUGAGGAGGAAGCGGAAGCGGAAGCGAAGCCGGAAAAUCGGGGAAUUCACCACGUCCUGCCGUUCCCGGUGAAUUACGCUUCGAAGUCGAUUCUGACCGUACCCUACGCGGACCCGCGAUUCGCGCCGCUCAGAGUCCUGUCCAGACUGGUGACCUCCGUCUACCUGCAUCCCGAGGUCCGGGAGAAGGGAGGCGCCUACGGUGGCGGCGCAAAAUUAUCCACCGACGGCGUGUUCUCCUUCUACUCGUACAGGGAUCCGAAUUCCUCGAGGACCUUCGAGACCUUCGACGGUACCUACGAUUACCUUAGCGCGAACGGCUUCGCGCAGGACGACGUGGACGAGGCGAAACUCGGGAUAUUCCAGCACAUCGACUCACCCGUUCCACCGGGUAGUCAGGGAAUGACGAAAUUCAUUCACGAUUUGUCCGACGACGAGAUACAAAAGCACAGGACGCAGCUCAAGGCCGUUACGAGGGAGCAGCUGAUGGCCGUUGCCGAAGAAUUUCUCAAACCCGAGCAAAGUAACGUCGCGGUUGGCAGAUCGCUCAUAGGGGCUGCGAAUCCCGCCCUCUCCGAUAGGCCGGAAAAGUGGACCGUGAUAUCUCAUCAGGAUGAAGGAAACGUGUCGUAGAAUUACCCCCCCCCCCCCCCCCCCCCCCGAAGAAACUU